AUGGCGCCGGUGGGUCUGCCGCCGGGCUUCAGGUUCCAUCCGACAGACGAAGAACUCGUCAACUACUACCUGAAGAGGAAGAUUCACGGGUUAAAGAUAGAGCUCGACAUAAUCCCCGAGGUUGACCUCUACAAAUGUGAGCCAUGGGAGCUGGCAGGUCUAUUCUUGUCUCCUUUCUUCUCGCUUCUAUCUGCAACUUCAUAGUAGUGCUCCACAAAACCUGACUAUUUGUUUCAUCUCGUUCGCACUCGUCCAACGGUUGGCGACUACGUUGAAAUGGAGUUUUCUAUGUUAAUUGGAAACUGGGAACAAACGGAUAGUUAGUCACUUGUCUGUCAGGUCAUUAAUCGCUCCUUUCUCUGUGGCUUCUCCCCUCAUUCUUGCAGAGAAAUCAUUUUUACCGAGCAGAGAUCCUGAAUGGUACUUCUUCGGACCGCGGGACCGCAAGUACCCAAACGGAUUCCGGACAAAUCGAGCUACUCGGGCGGGGUACUGGAAAUCGACGGGCAAAGACAGAAGAGUCAGCUGCCAGAACCGUGCAAUUGGCAUGAAGAAGACACUAGUCUAUUACAGAGGGCGAGCCCCGCAGGGAAUUAGGACGAACUGGGUGAUGCAUGAAUACCGCCUCGACGACAAGGACAGCGAGGACGUCGUGGGCAUUCAGGUAAGAGCUUCAUCUUCGUAGUCUUAUUUUCCAUAUUUUCGCCGUCUCCUCUUCGUUUUCUUCUUCGCAAGCACCACUACUAGGGCACAACACGGUGCAAACAUCAAUGAAUGCAGAAUAAGAAUUCCGAUAGAUGAUAAUAUCCUCGGACAGAGCAAGGGAUCUAUGUUUCUGGGGGUCGGGGAGCCUGCUGCUUUAUCGUGGGAUGGAGGAGCUACACACUAGUAAACACGGCCAGUAUUUGUAGGAAGCGAAGACAGCUCUCGUGUUCAGUUUUUGCUUGACUUGAGGUACCUCUUCGCCAUGAUUUCCGUUGAAGGAACUAUUCGGCUCUCCCUAGCUCCAGGUCCCAAGAUCCUCAGCAGCACGCAUUCGAGGAUUUGGGUCAUUCUUCCAUCGGUCCAAUUCGGCUGAUCCACACCCCUUGGGGGCCUAAGAUGGAUAUUUCGCGCAAAUUAGGUGGGAUCUGUUUAAGAAAGAAAACAUGAAAUCUUUAUGGGGUUCGACAAGUAAAUUAGAUUUCUAUUGCUAGGCAAAUCAGAUAAUCGACUGUUCAAGGGGUCUCAUUUUGGGAUAUCAGUAUGGUAACUUGAAGGUAAAGUUUAGGUUUUUUCUACUCGUGUAAUUAUUAAAAUUAUCACUUUUUUGGUAUUGACGGGAAAUAAGAACUUUUUAUCACGCACAGGAUCUAUCUAGACGCAUCGAAAAUGGGGCAUUUACAUCUCUUCUUGACGUGUAUUAAAAGGUUUUUCGCGCGGCGACCGAGAGUCCUUCCGUGGGGGAUGCAGAUGACGUGCAUGGAAAGUUUUGGUGUUUCACUUCUUUUCCUUACUUUCCCGUCCAUCAAAAUAUCCGGACCCCACUUCCUUUUCUUCCCCUGACCUGGCAACCAUGGCCCUCCUAUGAAACUUUUUGAUUUCUACUGGGACAAAUCAUGCAUCCACUGUAUGGGAUGGGUCCAAAACAUAUUAAAGCCCCCUUGAUCUGCUGUCACAAAUCCCGAACUAGCAAUCUGGGGUGAGUGAAGAAGGUCAAUACCCGUCUUGAUUAUCACAUCAUUAGUCUAUUAAGGUUUCAUGCUGAUCCAAGACCCAGCCAUCAAGCAAGAGAUACAUCUGGUGUCUGGUUGUGGCGUUAGCUUUCCACUUUAUUCCCGGAUUACACUACCUUCUUCAGGAUUCUGAAACUCUCCCUACAAGUACCACGAUAAGAAAAAUGCCAUUUGCCUCCUAAAUAGGCAAGUUCCAACCGUCUAAUCAAAUAUGUGGUGGUGGGGCUCUUGCACAUUCAAUAGUGAUUUUUGGUCUUUAUUUUGCUAGGACUCGUACGCACUAUGUCGCGUUUUCAAGAAGAACGUGCCCAUCCCAGACGUGGAAGAUCAAGUGCAGUGUACCUUCGCUUUCGGCGAAAACUCCCGGGGGUUCACCAACGACUACGACAACUUCUCCCCCGAUGUGGCCGUCGGAUCAUCCUCCGGUGUCGAAGAGGACGACAAGGACAACUUCUGGAUGCAGUUCAUAACAGAAGAUGCGUGGUGCUCUACGCUAUCCAGCGGGGAAGGUGCAUAUGAUAGUCCUUGCGUCACUUCAACUACCUAA